AUGGCCUCAGAUCUUGGGACCCUCGACAGUGUCAAGCUUGUCAACACCGCCAUUUUGUGCAUGCAUCAAAAAACACUGAGGACUGAGAUGAGUCCUUCGGGGCCUGGAGAGGGGAGGGGGGGGCAAGUAGGACUCAGAGUGGACCUUGGGGAGGAGGGAGGAGGGGCUGUGAGCGCCGGCAAGUCCGUAGUAGCCAUGGGUCCACGGUGCUCCAAGAACGACAAGCACUCCGUCCCCGUGGGAGGCGGCGGCGGCGGCGGCGGCGGCCAAAGAGGAGCCCUAUGGUACCUGCUCUAUCCCUUUGCUCCCGCGGCGGACGCUGCAAGGGACUUGGAGCUGGAUGCUGGAUGCAUGCAUGCUGCUUGCAUCUUGCCUCUUGGACUGUGUUCUAUGCUUGGCUAA